AUGGGUUUCAGGGUCAUAAUAUUGGAUGUUAUGCUGACGGUCAUCUUGCUACCAAUACUCUAUAUUCCAGUUUUGGCCGGCUGCGCCGCCGGAUUAUUUUCAAAAAUCGGGGUGUCCUCUCUACUACAAUGCCUUAUCGGCUGUGUUUGCUUUACAAGUGAAGAAUAAAGUUCACACUUUCAUAAGUUUCUCAACGGAGUUUCAGACGUUCUCGUUUCAAUCCUAGCCCUAUUCGAAUACCGACAUCAUACAGUUCUACCGGUGAAUAGUCCGUUCCGGUUUCAAACUUCAGUUAGGAUCGCUUAUAUUCUUGGGAAUUUUUGUUUUUGUACCGGCGGUUUUGUGGUCGUCAUCUUGUUGGCUCCCGCCGAUCAAGAGGGCUCCAAGUUGAAAGUUGUUGAGGUGAGAGUGAACCAUGAUAUAGAAAUUAAGAAACUUGGCUUGGCGCGACGCGGUUGCGCGGCGGUUUUGAAUGAACAAAAAUCACAGUGAGAUUUUCACUGAUCUGUACCCAACCUUGAGCGGUUUGUGAAAGAAAGUGGUUUCACUUGCGCGUUGAAAAAAUCGAUAAAUUGCUCAGGAUCACCAGAGGGGUGUGAUAAAGGCUCCUUUUUCACUGCCUUUUUGCGCCCUCUCAUCGGCUUUUAUGCACAAUUUUUGAUGCCUCUCCACUUUUCCACGCCUUUGAGAUAGAAAAAAUGGAAGGCCCCAUGAAGGGAAUCUUUUUGCUACCUUUCUGCGGCCUUUUUUUCAACCUUAUCCUUUUUGGCAGCCAUUCCUAGACUUUGCCCGAGUAGGGACGAAUUUACCCCCCUACUCUAAUCAGAACUAAAAAUUGAAAGUCCAGUCUAGGGACCAAUGAAGCUUUUGGGAUUCAUGGCUCAGAUCGUUAACCCCUAUGGGGUCCAUUUUCAUCCCUCUAGGAACCCCUCUGGCGUUCACGAACUAACGAAUGACGCGAUUUAACAAAACCACCUUGCGAAGUUAUAUAACAACCAUUUUCCAGAUUCUCAAAUGUGUUCCGCCUAACCUCUUCACUCCAGCCGCGUUCGUACUGGAUUUGACGCCCAGAACCCAAUGUUUUCUAGCCGGUCUGGCCGUCGUCGUCAUCAGCCAGUUCAUUUUCCUCAGCUCUCAUGGCUUCUACGUCCUGUCCAAGCAAAGUGGUCAUAUGUCCUCGAAGACUCGACGCCUUCAGAAACACUUCUUCUACAACUUGUGUGCUCAGGUAGGACCUUCUUGAAAGGUCACUUCGAGAGAAUUGUAAAAUCGACAUUUUUGGAUUCUUAAAAAAAAUCUGGAAACCGAGAUUCAUUUUGAAAUUUUCCAGGUCAGCAUUCCGAUGAUCUUCAUGUGCUCCCCACUGGUCAUAGCGUUUUUCUUCGUCAACACCAAUACUUCCUUCGACGGUAGGCUAAACUUGUGA